AUGACGGGUAAACAUGUUGGUGUGGUACGACGUAUAAAAGAAGUAGCCCCAGAUGCCGAAUGGACUCAUUGUAUGCUUCACAGAGAGGCACUUGUGUCAAAAAAAAUGUCAACUGAAUUAAAUAAAGUUCUUAGUGAAUCUGUUAAAAUUUAUAAUUUUAUUAAAUCUGGAGCAUUGAAUGGUAGACUGUUUUACAAACUCAGUGAAGAAAAUGAACAAAACGUUAAAUCACUUUUACUUCAUUCAGAAUUAUUUCCCAAAGAUAUUCGUGACGAUUUUCAAUGGAUUGAAAAUCCUUUUACUGUUUCUAUUGAAGAGAUGAACUUCAAUACGCUUCUUGAAACUCAGAUUAUCGAACUUUCCUGUGAUAAAACUUAUGAAAAUAAAUUUAAAAAUGAAACUCUUGUAGAUUUUUGGUGUGCAGUAUAUAAUGAAUAUCCAGAACUUUCAAUUAAUGCAAUAAAAAAACUAUUACUUUUCCCUACCACUUAUUUGUGUGAAAAAGGAUUUUCUACCAUGGCUAAUAUUAAAACAAAACACAGAAACAGAUUAGAUGUCACACAUGACAUGCGCAUCAGUUUGCGCAUCCAGAAUCAAAAUUCACACUAA